CAGGUGGAGGUGAUCCGGUGGCUGUUGAUGCACGACCAUCACUCCAGACCCUCGGCCAAGGAUCUACUCCAGUCCCACCUCCUGCCACUCAAGAUGGAGGACGAACAGUUUGAGGAAGUCCUCUCAAGAACCAUGCAGUCCACCAACUCCACUCGCUACCAACAUCUGAUUGACAAGCUGUUCUCGGGAGAUGCUCCUCAACUGAGGCCGUGGUCCUUCUACCAGGAGCCUGCAGACAACAAGAGAGACAGACCCAAGAGAAACAAGUUCUCUCUGGUGUAUUCUCUGCUGCAACAAAUGGUUGUGUCCAAACUUGCAGCCAUCUUUACCAGACAUGGGCAUCUCGUGUGGAGCCUCCACUGCUCUGUCCCCGUUCCAGCCACCUCUACUCCAGUCCCCAGUCCAUACCACAGUUCAUAGAACGGAACGGGGCCGUGGUGACCCUCCCCAGUGACCAUCGUCUCCCACUGGCCCACUAUCUGCUGCACCAGCAAGACCUCACCUACUUAAAAAGGUAUACCAUCGGUCCAGUGUACCAUGAGAGCAAGGUGCUGGGGGCACACCCACGUGAGCAGUUUGAGGCUCAGUUUGACAUUGUCACUCCGUCUCCUCCACACUCUGACAACAUCAAACUGGUGCCAGAUGCAGAGGUGAUGUACGCGGUGUCGGAGAUCCUGUCGGAAGUUCCACGACCCCAGCACUGGCAGUUUGCUGUUCUGGUGAACCACAUGAAGCUGCUGGAGGCCAUUCUACAGCACUGCUCCAUACCAAGAGAGAGAUAUAGUGACACUGCAGCCCUCCUCCAUAGGACUGCUAUGGGUGCUCUGAAGGUGAGUGAGCUGGAGAAGAAGCUAGUUGACAGUGGUCUCAAUCUCUCCCCUCUUGCUGUGAGUUCACACUUGUGUGGUGUGCCUCCCUAAUCCAGGCUCCCAUGAUUUAUAUC